AUGGAAUAUUCCGCCGAUGAUCGUUUCGACGUGAUUGUCGUCGGAGCUGGAGUAAUGGGAAGCUCAGCCGCGUACCAGCUGGCGAAAAGAGGCCACAAAACACUCCUCCUAGAGCAAUUCGACUUCCUCCACCACCGUGGCUCUUCCCACGGCGAGUCACGCACCAUACGCGCCACUUACCCGGAGGACUACUACUACGCCAUGGUUUCCGAGUCAGCUCGGUUAUGGGCUCAGGCUCAGUCCGAGAUCGGAUAUAAAGUCCAUUUCCCAACUCAACAGUUCGACAUGGGCCCUAAAGAUCAGCAGUCUCUCCUCUCUGUCGUUGCCACGUGUCAAAAACACGGCUUAGCUCACCGUGUUAUGGACUCAUCCGCAGUCUCCCAGCAUUUCUCCGGGAGGAUCACUAUCCCGGAGAAUUGGAUCGGAGUCUCUACGGACGUUGGUGGGGUUAUAAAACCUACCAAAGCCGUCUCCAUGUUCCAAACGCUAGCGUUUCGACACGGCGCCGUUUUGAGAGACAACACCAAAGUGGCGAACAUUAAAAGAGACGGUGAAAACGGGGAAGGGGUAAUAGUCAGCACGGUGAAAGGAGACAAGUUCCACGGUAAAAAAUGCAUUGUUACCGCCGGUGCAUGGAUUAGUAAGUUGGUGAAAACGGUGGCCGGAAUUGACUUUCCGGUGGAGCCUCUGGAGACGACGGUUUGUUACUGGAGGAUCAAAGAAGGUCACGAGGAUAAAUUCGCUAUCGACGGAGAGUUUCCGACGUUCGCGUCUUAUGGAGCUCCGUAUGUGUACGGAACACCGUCGCUGGAGUAUCCGGGACUGAUCAAAGUGGCGGUUCACGGUGGUUACCGGUGCGAUCCGGAUAAGAGGCCGUGGGGACCAGGAGUGAAGCUAGAGGAGCUUAAAGAGUGGAUUAAGGAGAGGUUUGGUGGUAUGGUUGAUGCGGAAGGACCUGUGGCGACUCAGCUUUGUAUGUAUUCGAUGACGCCGGACGAGGACUUUGUGAUUGAUUUUCUCGGUGGGGAGUUAGGGAGAGAUGUGGUGGUUGGUGGCGGGUUUUCGGGUCAUGGGUUUAAGAUGGCGCCGGCGGUGGGGAGGAUAUUGGCGGAUAUGGCGAUGGAGGGAGCGGUGGGAGGAGGAGAAGUUGAGAUGAAGCAGUUUAGUCUCCGGCGGUUUGAAGAAAAUCCUAAAGGCAAUGCUAAAGAGUAUGCUGACCAAGUGAUACUUGGUAUUUGCCCGUUGAAAUAA